CAACCUGUCACUUUCCCAUUCAUUGUCUCACCGUCGUCGCUCACAGCAGAGGCAAGUGUCGCUGUCUCACCUGUUGGAUUGCGUUCACUUUCAGCCCACGUAUUUGUUGGGUAACUCAGCGAAUAGUUCCGAGUACUAACUGCAAACAUUAGUACAAUUAAUUACCCUCUGAAACAGACAGCUGAUUAUUACACAUCAAGGCCCAGAUUAUUGAACGAUGUCUAUCAUGUCGGAAGAAGCUGUCAUUCGAUGCGAGUGGACGAUCAACGAGCGGCCGGAGAGGGGCGCCAUCUGGAUGUCGAAUUUGGUGCCGUUUCACGCCGAGAAUUGCUUCCGCUUCGGCCUGAAGCAGUCGUCUAUGACGCUCUACUUCAUCAACGUUUACCCGUGCAAGUCCGGCUUCAAGAUCUCGCACGUCUACUUGAUCGCGCCCGGCAUUAACGGCGAGGAGAUGACGCUGAGGACCGAGCCCAACGAGCCGGCCAUUCAAAUGUUCACCUAUGUCCUCGACGGCUACUCGCACACCGAUGUCCUGACGUCCUACAAUUUCUACAUCCACGUCGUCAAGACGGUGGAUGACUACAGCUACCAGCCCGUCGACACUCUGAUGGGCGGCCAGCUCUGGUCGGCGGCCAAAGAGGCGCUCUUCACCGAUUUCGAGUUCCACCUCGGAGACCGGGUCUUUCCGGCCCACAAGGGCAUCGUCGCCGCCCGCAGUUCCGUCUUCGCCGCCAUGUUCAAAGCCGACAUGGUCGAAUCGCGGACGCAGAAGGUCGUCAUCGAAGAUAUCGAGCCGUCCAUCUUCGAGGAAUUUCUCUACUUUCUCUACACUGGCCAAUUGAAGCGAUCGGCGGCUGAUAUAAAGUUGCUGAUGGCGGCAGACAAGUACAACGUGGAAACUUUGAAGAGCCUUUGCUUGACGGCCACAGCUAAGGAUAUGGAUGCUGAACAUUUAUCUUCAUUGGUGAUGAAAAUCGAAUGAAGUCAAAUGUUGCGUCAUGCGUUCAUCGAUCCCCAUCCAAACCUAACAGCUUUUCCACAUAGAUAUCUAUUAUUAUGUGAAUUCAUUUUGAUUGUUUGUCAUUUUGGUUUUUGUUGGAGUUUAUACUUUGCCUAUUCUUUUGUUGAUGGUUAUUUCUUGUUGCAUCAUUCAUUGAAUAACAUGUAUGGCUGGAAUUUUGUUUUGGAAAGAUUAUGUAUUUGAAGUACUGCACCAUAAAAGAUCACCGAAUACCUAAAAAUGUCUCCAAAAUAAAAAACAAACAAAAUCAAAUCGUUGAAA